UCAUCAGUUUUGCAUAGUCAUAUUUCGUACAUCAUGAAGUAAAUUUGUUGUCGAACUGAAAAUCAACUGAUACAAUAUCCAAUAAUUAGAUUUCUCAUAAAUGUAUAGAUCAAGGUGCUACUUUAAGCAAUGGCCUUGAGAGUGGCACAAGUAGCCCAGUGGCAGGAGUACAGUCAGUGUCAGUUGAGCAGAUGUGCCAGUGAGAGAGAUGUGGCAGACAGAUUGAAAGAACUUGAUUCAUAUCUUGAGAAGAGGGUUUAUUUUGUUGGUAAUGAAGAAAGUGAAGCAGACGUCUCUAUUUUCCAGUCUCUCAACAACACAAUGACAAACCUCGGCUUCCCAGAGAAGGAGACCUACAGAAAUGUUUCCCGCUGGUUCAACCAUAUACAAAACACGACAUUGGUAAACAAUUCUAGCGUCCCGAUUGUGUUCCUGAAGUCUCCUAUCUACCUUCCAGCACAAGUGUAACAGAGAACCAUUCCAUGAAGCUGUCCUCAUUGAUUCUCCAAUAAAACAUGAAAAACAA